AUCAGAAUCAUUAGAAAAUGUUUCACUUACUUGUUAUCGCGUUAUGCCUCUUCGGAUACUUGUUGAUUUGUGAGGAACGAAAACGACGAGCCCUCAAGAAAAUGUUUCCAACGUUAAAAAGUCUUCUAAUUCUUCCUUUUAUUGGUUCUGCGAUCUCCCUGCACACCAGAAACGGUCGAGAUUUCUUUAAAAAACUACAAUCAUACUUCAAAAUAUAUGGAGAUACGUUUUACGGUAUCUUGGAAAAUCAGGUUUACGUAUUAAUGUCGCAUCAAGCUGAUUUUACUCCAAUUUUGACAAGCAAGAAACUGCUGGCUGAUCGACAAGCUGAAUAUCGGUUUUUUAAGCCGUGGCUCGGUGAUAGUAUUUUUGUUGCUAGCUCUGAUGCCUGGAACAGAAAAAGAAAGGAGUUUUAUUCGUUUUUCAAUACGAAAACAAUUAAGGAUAGUAUACCCGUGUUGGAACACCAUAUGGACAAUCUUGUAAAGGCGAUCCGAAAAAAUGUUGAUACAGGCGUCGCUUUUGAUGUAUAUCACAUAAUGGAAGCCUUUGCGAUAGAUACUGUUUGUGAAAUUACCUUAGGACUGCGUAACAACUCGCAUGAGAAAUCUGUGAAUAUUCAACAUUGCAUUGAAGAAAAUGUGAAAAUCAUCAUGUGGCGCGCUACACAUCCACUGUUCAGAAAUGACCUUUUAUACUCUUUGACAAGUAAAUACAGAAGAAGCGAAGAAUUGACGAAAGAAUGUCGUGCAUUUAUCCAAGAAAUUAUUGAAAAAACAAAGAAAAAGGCAUUUGAAUCGAUGUCACUGAAGGAUGCAAAAUCCUUUUGUGAUUAUUUGUGUUGUAUUAACGCACGCCACAUGCCCAUCAGUGAUGAAGAAAUGCGGGAUGAGAUCCUUGGUACAGUGUUUGCUGGACACGACACUAUGACAUCCGCUCUGUCCUUCCUGACUUACUGUUUGGGCAAAUAUCCAGAUGUUCAAGAAAAAGUUUAUCAAGAAAUCAAAAAAAAUAUUAAUCCGAAUGAGUCGCUUACCAUUCAAGCCAUAAAUAAACUACAUUACACGCAUUUGGUGAUGCGAGAAGUACUUCGAAUGUAUCCUUCUGCGCCUGUAGUUUUAAGAGUCACGCCUGAAGACAUCGAAAUAAAUGGAAUCCUUUAUCCCGCUGGCACAUCGUUCGCCGUGAAUAUUUACAAGGCUCAUCAUAAUCCACGGAACUUUGAAGAUCCAGAAAAAUUCAUGCCCGAACGACACGAAGACGUAAAGAGCGUAGAAACUAACAAUGUAUUUAAUUUUCUUGCAUUUUCUCCGGGUAUUAGACCUUGCAAAGGAAAUAGAAUUGCCGAGUUCCAGAUGAAAAUUUUUAUGAUAAAAUUAUUGAACGAAUACAAAAUCGAGAUAAAAGACGGUUUUGAGCCCGAUAUUGCAUAUGAUGUUGUUUUGAAACCUUAUAACGGAAUUUGGAUCACAUUAACUGCUCGCCAAUGA